AAUGGUGAAAAAUGUUUCACAUUAGAGCAGUUGAAUAGUCGAAUACAGCUGUUCGACUAUGGUUACAUGUAUGACCGUGACAAGCCCUCACCGAUACAGCCACGCACCCUUGCCAGUGACAACAAUAGCCUCAAACAAAAAGCGAGCCAAAUGUAUUGCUUGUCCAAAUUCUUACCAUUGAUGGUUGGUGCACUUGUCCCUGAUGAUAAUGAGCACUGGAAGCUUUUCUGCCUGCUCCUAGAUAUCGUUGAUAUUGUUUUUGCAAAUAUCACUUCUGUGAACGCCAUUGGUGUAUUGGAGGGGCUAAUUGAAGAGCAUCAUUCUACAUUUCUUCGAAUUUAUCCAGGAAGAUCAAUCAUCCCUAAGAUGCACUACAUGGUUCACUAUCCAUCCCAUAUGAUGAGAUUUGGACCAAUGAAAAGAACAUGGUGCAUGCGAUUCGAAGCUAAACAUCGGUAUUUUAAACGGUUGGCUUCCUUUAUUGGAAAUUAUAAGAAUGUGGCGUACACAAUGGCAACCCGUCAUCAAGGGCAGCAGUGCUACUAUUCAAAUGUUAAUAAAGAAGGAAGUUCAUCAUUCCUCCAGCGACCAACUUCAAUAGUUGUAGCUCAGAGAACUGAUUACUAUGCUGAUUUGCAAGCUAAAGAGGGAAACAUAUUGACUGUUGAUACUUUUUAUGAGUCUCAAAAAGUUACUAUCAAUGGUACUGAUUACAUGGUUGGAGCAAUUGUAGUCACUGGUUACUUACGUGAGCAGGAGGCACCAGAAUUUGGUCUUAUUACCAAGAUUAUAUCUCUGCCAAACAAAUCCUAUUUUCAGUUGAAGAAGUAUGUUGCUGUACAGUUCAGUUAUCAUUUCCAUGCCUUUGAAGUAAUUGCUGGUGAGGAGCCUCCAACCUUAGUCACCAGUGAAGAUCUUUUUAUUCACACCCCAAUGCAUCUAGUUCAUCCUAUCAGUGCAGAGGGAAGAAAUGCUGCUUUUUAUGUUGUGAUACCUUACAGCAUGUCCAUUCACACAUAA